AAAAAGCAAAGAGUUGAGUGAACAGCAUCAGUAGAGAGUAGAGUGGAGGGGACCGCAGUGAGUAUAACAGGGUGGCAGGAGGACAGACACCCAGCCCGAGAGCGCGAGGACAUGUACCGUCAGAUCACAGGGACAAUCAAAGAAAGCUAAACCGAUCUCUUGUUGUUUUUAUGUGGAUACCUGUUUCCUCGUUUCCCAAACGCGCUCCGGACGGGUUCCAUCACACUGCGCUUCAUUGGAAUGCGCGCAGCAGCUUCCACGGACACUCGGAGACGCGUGACAACGGAGAAUAGACAGAACAAAUAGGCUCAAAUAGGCUGCAGUGUUCAAAACUCUUUCUACUAAUAGAAAUGCUUCUUUUUUAAUGGGACAGCCUUUUCCGGACGUUUUAUAAGUUUCUGGAGAUUUUUAUGCAUUUUUGGAGACUUUACCUGCCUGAGGAAAUGGGUGAUGGGGCCGGAUGUUUUGUCUAAUAACAGUGGAUAUUGCAGUCAAUAAAAUUAUCGACCCAAGUGCACUUGUUUCCCUGCGAUGAUUGUGCUUUUGAUUGUCCUGUGCAUCGCGGAUGGAGUUCUCUCUCAGAUACGUUACUCGGUGCCGGAGGAGGCGGACCAUGGCACCUUGGUGGGGAAUAUCGCCGAGGACCUGGGGCUGGACCUCACCAAACUGGCCUCCCGCCGUUUCCAGGUGGUGCCCAGCUCUCGCACGCCGUAUCUGGAGGUGAACCUGGAGAACGGCGUCCUGUUUGUGAGCGAAAAAAUCGACCGGGAGCAGAUCUGUAGGCAGAGUCCUAGCUGUCAGCUCAACAUGGAAGUGUUCUUGGAAAACCCACUGGAGCUGUUUCGGAUCGAGAUCGAAGUGGUGGACAUUAACGACAAUCCGCCCAGCUUCCCGGAGACGGACAUCACGGUGGAGAUCUCAGAGAGUGCCACUCCGGGCACCCGUUUCCCUUUGGAGAGCGCGUUCGACCCGGACGUGGGCUCAAACGCGUUGCGCACUUACGAUAUCACCACCAACAACUACUUUUACCUGGAUGUGCAGACUCAAACGGACGGAAACAAGUUCGCCGAGCUCGUCCUGGAGAAGCCACUGGACCGGGAGCAGCAGGCGGCGCAUAGGUACGUGCUGACCGCGGUGGACGGCGGUCAGCCUCCGCGGACCGGCACCGCGCUGCUGGUGGUGAAAGUGCUGGAUUCUAAUGAUAACGUGCCAGUGUUUGACCAGGCCGUCUACACGGUCAGCCUCUCGGAGAACGCACCGGUGGGCACGCUGGUCAUACAGCUGAACGCCACCGACCUGGACGAGGGACUGAACGGGGAGAUCGUUUACUCCUUCAGUAACCACAUAUCCAAUCGCGUAAAGGAUCUGUUCAGCAUUGACCCGCGCACCGGCCGCAUCGAGGUGCGCGCAGAGGUGGACUUCGAAGAGAGCAGCCUCUAUCAGAUAUUCGUCCAGGCCAAGGAUAUGGGGCCGAACGCCGUGGCCGCGCACUGCAAAGUGCUGGUCAAAGUCACCGACCUGAAUGACAACGCACCGGAGAUCACCUUCAGCACCGUCACCGAGUCGGUGAGCGAAAAGGCUGCCCCCGGCACCGUCAUUGCUCUGUUGAGCGUCACGGACCAGGACGCGGAGGAGAACGGGCAGAUCCACGUGGAGAUCCUCGGCGAUGUCCCGUUCAAAUUAAAAUCGUCCUUUAGGAAUUAUUUCACCAUAGUGACCGACGGCCCGCUUAACCGGGAGCAGGCGGACUCCUACUCCGUCACCGUAGUGGCGCGGGACAAAGGGACGCCCUCUCUGGCCGCCAGUAAGUCCAUCCGAGUCCAGGUGUCAGAUGAGAACGACAACGCGCCCACGUUUACGCAGACCAUCUAUGAUGUGUAUGUGACCGAGAACAACGUGCCGGGGGCAUACAUACACGCCGUCACGGCUCGGGACCCAGACGUUGGGCAGAACGCGCUCAUCAGCUACUCCAUAUUAGAGUGUGACAUCCAGGGCAUGUCGCUCAAAACAUACGUGUCCAUCAACGAGGAGACAGGCUACCUGUACGCACUCAGGUCCUUUGAUUAUGAGCAGUUGAAGGAUUUCACUUUCAUGGUCCAGGCCAAAGACUCAGGCGCACCAGAGCUCUUCUCCAACGCCACGGUCAAAGUCAUCAUUGUGGACCAGAACGACAACACGCCUGUGGUUCUGGCCCCGCUGGGGAAGAACGGCACCGCCAAAGAGCCCCUGCCCCGCACCGCCGAGCCGGGCUACCUGGUGACCCGCGUCGUCGCCAUGGAUGCGGACGAUGGCGAGAACGCCCGGCUUUCCUACAGCAUCCAGAGGGGGAACGAGAACGGCAUGUUCCGGAUGGACUGGAGGACCGGUGAGCUGCGCACAGCGAGGCGGGUGUCUGUUAAGCGCGACCCCCACCAGCUGUACGACCUGCUGAUCGAGGUGAGGGACCACGGCCAGCCGCCGCUGUCCUCUAGCGCCAGCGUGCUAGUGGUGCUGGUGGACAGCGUGGCCGUGGGGCGCGGCGCUGGGGACCGCGCGGGCACUGCCAAGGCCAAAGACGGCACUGUGGACCUCACGCUUAUCCUCAUCAUCGCCCUGGGCUCCGUCUCAUUCAUUUUCCUCCUCGUCAUGAUCGUGCUGGCCGUACGCUGCCAGAAGGACAAAAAGCUGAACCUUUACACCUGCCUGACCAGCGAGUGUUGCCUGGGCUGCACUUCCUGCUGCUCGCGGCAGGCCCGUGCGCGCAAGAAAAAGCUCAGCAAGUCGGAUAUCAUGCUGGUGCAGAGCGCCGGCAGCGUCAGCGGGGUCGGCAUGGCUCAGGUCCCCGUGGAGGAGUCGGGGAGUUUUGGCUCCCACCACCAAAACCAGAACUAUUGCUACCAGGUAUGUCUGACUCCGGAGUCUGCCAAAACCGACCUCAUGUUCCUAAAGCCGUGUAGUCCGUCUAGGAGCACAGACACCGAUCACAACCCGUGCGGGGCCAUAGUGACAGGGUACACAGACCAGCAGCCCGACAUCAUAUCAAACGGCAGCAUUUUGUCGAACGAGACCAAACACCAGCGAGCUGAACUCAGCUACCUGGUAGACAGGCCGAGACGUGUCAACAGCUCGGCGUUCCAGGAGGCGGACAUGGUGAGCUCCAAAGACAGCGGCCAUGGGGACAGCGAGCAGGGAGACAGUGACCACGACGCCACCAACCGAGGCCACGCCUCCGGCGCCGAUCUCUUCUCUAACUGCACGGAGGAGUGCAAGGCCCUGGGCCACUCCGACCGCUGCUGGAUGCCCAGCUUCGUGGCGUCCGAUGGGCGCCAGGGCCCGGACUACCGCAGCAACCUCCACGUGCCCGGCAUGGACUCUGUCCCGGACACAGAGCGAGGAAAAGGGUUUGCUAGCUCCUUCCGGGUGGACAUACCGGAGACAGCGUGACUUUGCACAAGCACCCCCCCAAUCACCAAGGCCAUAUAUAUAUAUAUAAAUAUAUAUACAAAAAGAGCAUCAAGAUUUUCAACCCAUUUGCCCUCCUUCCCUCGUUCCUCCACAGCAAGAAGUUCUAGAACACACACACACACCUUGAUACACAGGACGAUGAACCAACCCCCUCUCUGGAAUUCUCCCGGAGCUUUGCUGGACUUUGGAGCGCCCCCCACUCUCGGGAUUAGGAGACACCAAGUGUUUUUUGUGUGUGUGUGUGUGUGUGUGUGUUGGGGGGGGGGGGGGUGAUGGAUGGGAAAAGGCAGGUAGACGGAUAAGCCUUACCGGGAGGACCCCAUUGUCUCAGCCGGACUGAGAGACAGAGAGGUCAACCCACCGAUCUCUCCCACCCGAUUCCCAUCUGCGAGUGCCUGUUUACAGUACUGAUGUAUAAAAAAACAAUGUAUGUGUACUAAGAGACUAAUCGAAACCACAGCCACCCAGAAAACAACAACAACAACCCACCACUGAGCCCUUUAUGCGUUUGUGCUCGCAGAGAGACACCAGAAUUGUACAGGAGAAUCUUUGUGCAUUUCAAAAUGCAAUACCACUGUUUUAGAUUUUUCUAUUCUGUUAGUGCGGUCAGGUGUCUCUAUUCCGAUUUACUUUGAAGUUUGUAAGAAGAAUUGUUGACAGGAUAGGUGUUAUCCGAUGAGUUUAUUUCACGUUUGGGUUCCUUUUGCUUUGAUGCUCACACCUUUGGCGUGUUUGACCGACACCUUUCUGAUUCUCAGACGUCCAGUAGUUUUCUAUCAUGUGUGAGAAGUGUUUACUGUACUCUUUUAAAGUUUCGAGCUGAAUAUAAAACUCUCUCUAUACAUAUAUAUAAAUCUAUCUAUAUCUACAUGUUCUGAAGGCGUGCUUUCUGUUUGCAGACUCCACAUUGUGAUUCAGAGGACUGAAGAAGGCUUUUUGUUUGUUUCCAAGCAAGCGACACAAAGAGAGACAGAACAGCCUUAGCAGAUGUUAAACUCAAGUUCUCCUUGUUAGACAUUAUUUCAUGAUUCUUUUUUUCACUUUUGGAUAUUGAUAAAGAACAUGUCUAUAAAUAUAAAAAGGAAGUCAUAAUUUAGAUUGAAAUUCAUGGUAACUCUGUGUCAUUGUAACCAAUUUUAAAGGUCCAUUUAUAAGAAACAGAAGUAAACAUGGCUAAAUGCAAACAGUGUUGUACACAAUAGAGUGGAAUAGGGGAUGCACACAUGUCUUUCUCACCCAUUAAAAACACAAACACACCAAUAUGCCAACAAUAAACUGAAAAGAAGUGGUAAAAGAGGUCGGGUCUGAUGUGCUUUUUGUUAAAUGUUAUUUCCUAACUGAAAUGACCCAGAAGCUGCUGAUAUCCUCUGAAUGAGAAGGAAUGAAGCCUCAAGCCUCCUACCUCAUCUCCUUUAGUAUAGGAAACACCAAACGACUCUUUAGGAAAGGACAGGAGAUAAUGUUUUACCACAAUCUCUUUCAGCAACUACAUUUAAAGCGACGCAGCAUUUGGCUUUCAUUGCAUAUCAGUUCCUUUGGGUACACUUUGGGUGCUGAUG